CCCCUUUCUCGACUCCGCUCGCUCGCGCAGGCUUCUGAGCUGCAAUCCGCAGGGUUUCGAAUUAUUCCGACAAAAUGCCUUUCCGUCGCUACGUUGAGAUUGGGAGGGUGGCCCUAGUUAACUACGGGCCUCAAUACGGCAAGUUGGUCGUAAUCGUCGAUGUGAUCGACCAGAACCGAGCUCUGAUUGAUUCUCCCACUAUUGUGAGAACUCAAAUCAACUUCAAGAGACUGUCCCUUACCGACAUCAAGAUCGACAUUUCUCGCAACCCCCUGAAGAAGGAAUUGAAGGCUGCUAUCGACGCAGCUGAUGUCCACAACAAGUGGGACUCCAGCUCUUGGGGCCGCAAGCUCAUCGUUCAAAAGCGAAGGGCUGCCCUAAAUGACUUCGACCGCUUCAAAGUCAUGGUCGCCAGGAUCAAGAGGAGUUCGUUGAUCAAGAAGGAGAUGUCCAAGCUCAGGAAGCAAAAGGCUUAAGUUCAGGUUUUUACAAUUUUGGCAACCACCGUUGGCUUCAGCGUAGGAUGGAGUUGGUCGAGCCAGACGGCGCGGAAUCUGUGUGCAAGCUGCAGGAAUCCCUGUCAUAAGCAUACUAUGCUGAUUAAGUGCCGUUAGUAGCCAGGAAGAGAGUACAUAUUUUGGUGAUUCCUAUUUAUCCCCAUUCAGGAGGAUCCAUACAGGGUGUAUAUGUUUCACCGUUCUCCAAUUGAAGAGUCUUU